AUGUCUCGGCAGCUAAAGCUAUGGAAACUAUCCCUAAUAAGUCACUUGGCAUCUCGGAGCUUCUCUAAUUGCAUAUUUAGAGUAACACCUUGUGGAACUACUCGGAGAGAUGGUGACGUUGGAAAUCUAGCUAUCUACAGCUAUGUGGAUAAAUUGAUCGAUUUCACGCCAAAGAAGGUGCCUAUGGAGUUAGUAAAGGGGAUGGGAACCAUAGGAGCAUCCCACGGCUGGGUAGCAACUUUGAAAAACGGGGUUGUGUGUCUUCAAGAUGACCUAGACCCCAAUGCAUCCUAUACAGACCCAAAACGCAUCCCCCUGCCUCCCCUUGUAACUCUGCCUCAUUGCCAAACCCAAAUCGUUACCAACAUAGCCAUGUCCUCUUCCUCUCCAGAGGAUCAAGACUGCAUCGUGGCUGUCAAGUUCUUGGGACCUCAGCUAAGCUUAUGCAGGCCUGCUCAAAGAGAUUGCAAGUGGAGAAACAUGAGCAUCUCCGACCCCAGCUUCUUCUCUUCCCAUGUAAUGUACUCCAUGAGAGAUGGGAUGUUCUCCAUGCCAGCUUCUGGAGGAAACUACACAGCAUCAUGUGAUCUUGUGAUGGAGGAACCAAAGAUUCGGAUGCUGUCUUACCCGAAACAACGCGUGUUUGAAGACCUGUAUAUAAAGAGCACGGGUACGGUUGUGGACAAGGAGUUUCUGAGAAAGGUCCUCUGGAUGUACUCGGACUGGUCUUGUAGGAUGGAGCACUACUUGGUGGAGUCAGGAAGCGAGACUUUUCUGGUGAAAUGGUCUAAAGAUACCAACCCACUAGACGGGACAAGUGAAUUGGACCUGUUCGUUGUGUUGAGAAUAGAUGAGGAAGGAAACGCUGUGUAUACUAAAGACUUUGCUGGUUUGUGCUUUUUCAUCUCUAAGGCUGAAUCCUUUUGUCUCCCGGCAUCUUGUUUACAUGACAAGAGACCAAACUGCAUCUAUCACUUAAGCAACACCAGCUUUGGAAUCAUUUGCAUGGAUGAUGAUGAGAACAAGAGGGGUGGAGACUGGACUUUCCCAACCCCUUUUUGGUUCCCACCAAACCUAGACUCCAAUGGUAAACGUAUCCUUUCUUCAGGUAUUCAGUAUCCAGUGAAUAAUAAUACCUCAAGAUACACUGAAUAA